UGGGGAGCACGUGCUGCUCUGCAGUCCCGUGGAAAGGAGAGCAAAGGUUUAGGGAAGCCGUGAGGAGAGGACAGAGAGCGACAGCACAGCGCCACACCUACAGCAGCGGGCUGCGUGUAAACUCCCCGAGGAGCUUCUGACCGCCGUUUCUUUAAGCGUCGUGCGCGUGUGUGUGUUGACAUUUCAUCGGCUCCUUUCGUGACUUCUAUUUUACAAAAAAAAAAAAAACACUUCCUCAAUGGCACCGGUGGAGCAGGGGGCGAGCGCGCGGAAUGAGCAAGGGAAGCGAGAAGAGAGAGAGAAAGCGAGAGAGAGCGAGCAGGAAGAGGAGGAGGAGGCGGUCAGCGCGGUGAAUGCCCGUCACUUGGCGCCAAGGCCAGGGCUGGCUCCCGCGCUGCGGAACGUGGAUUACACCGGUCCGCUCCCCGCGGACCCCAUCCUAAUACGUCACCGCCACGUGGUCGCCUUGCCGCCGCAGGACUUCCAGGAGCUGCGGGACGGGCACGCCAAGAACCAUUUGCUGUUCGAGGACCCGCGGUUCCCCGCCGACGAUUCCUCCCUGUACCCCUCUGGCGAGUGUCCCCUCGCCUGCGAGUGGAAGCGGCCGUCUGACAUCUGCGAGAACCCCCAGUUCAUCGUGGGAGGGGCCAGCAGGACGGACAUCUGUCAGGGGGACCUGGGUGACUGCUGGCUCCUGGCGGCCAUCGCCUGCUUGACUCUGAAUGAAAAGCUGCUGUACAGAGUGGUGCCUCUGGAGCAGAGCUUCACAGAGAACUACGCUGGCAUCUUUCACUUCCAGUUCUGGCGCUAUGGCGACUGGGUCGACGUCGUCAUUGACGACCGCAUCCCCACGUUCAAUAACCAGCUGGUCUUCACCAAGUCAGCGGAGAGGAAUGAGUUCUGGAGCGCCCUCCUGGAGAAAGCCUAUGCCAAGCUUCAUGGCUCCUACGAGGCCCUGAAGGGUGGGAACACCACGGAGGCCAUGGAGGACUUCACCGGAGGGGUGACGGAAUUCUACGAAAUGAAGGAGGCCCCCAAGGAGCUCUACAAGAUCAUGAAGAAAGCCCUGGAGAGGGGGUCUCUCAUGGGCUGCUCCAUCGAUUCCCUGGUUCCUGCCCGGUUUGAGACCCGUACAGUGACAGGACUGGUCAAAGGCCACGCCUACUCUGUGACAGCAGUAGAGGAGUGUAAACAGUCUCAGAGUAAGGAGACCAAGGUGCGUCUGGUGCGGCUUCGGAACCCGUGGGGCCAGGUGGAGUGGAACGGCCCCUGGAGUGACAACUCCAAGGAGUGGGCGACCAUUUCCAAAUCCGAGAAGGAGAAGCUCCAGCAUCAGAAUGCUGAGGAUGGGGAAUUCUGGAUGUCUUUCGAGGACUUCAAGAAGAACUACACUAAGAUUGAGAUCUGCAACCUGACUCCCGAUGCCCUGGACGAUGACAAAAUCCACAAGUGGACGGUUUCGGUGAACGAGGGUCGCUGGGUGCGUGGGUGUUCUGCCGGGGGCUGCAGGAACUACCCAGACACAUUCUGGACGAACCCUCAGUACCGCCUGCGUCUGCUGGAGGAGGACGACGACCCCGAGGACAGCGAGGUGGCCUGCAGCUUCGUGGUGGCCCUGAUGCAGAAGAACCGCAGGAAGGAACGCAAGAUGGGGGCCAACCUCUUCACCAUCGGAUUCUCCAUCUACGAGGUGCCAAAAGAGAUGCACGGUAACAAGCAGCACAUGCAGAAGGACUUCUUCCUGCUCAACUCCUCCAAGGCGCGCUGCAAGUCCUACAUCAACCUGCGGGAGGUGACCCAGCGCUUCCGCCUGAGCCCCGGGGAGUACGUGAUCAUCCCCUCCACCUACGAGCCCCACCAGGAGGGCGAGUUCAUCCUCAGGGUGUUCUCCGAAAAGCGCAACACCUCAGAGGAGAUAGAGAACAGGAUCGAGGCAGACCAUCCGGUGCCGGCCCCAGCCUCCGCGGGGGAGGAGAGCGAGGAGGACAAGCAGUUCCGGACCAUCUUCCAGCAGAUCGCCGGGGACGAAAUGGAGAUCAGUGCCAACGAGCUCAGGAACGUCCUCAACAAAGUGGUCUCCAAACACAAGGACCUGAACACAGAGGGCUUCAGCCUGGAGAGCUGCAGGAGCAUGAUUGCCCUCAUGGACACAGAUGGCACGGGCAGGCUGAACCUGCAGGAGUUCCGACACCUGUGGAACAAGAUCAAACAGUGGCAGGGGGUCUUCAAGCGCUACGACACGGAACAGAAGGGCAGCGUCAACAGCUACGAGAUGAGGAACGCGGUCAACGAUGCGGGCUUCCGUCUCAACAACCAGCUCUAUGACAUCAUCACCAUGCGCUACGCCAACGAGAGCAUGAACAUCGACUUCGACAGCUUCAUCAGCUGCCUCGUGAGGCUGGAGGGCAUGUUCAGGGCAUUCCAGGCCUUUGAUCGGAAAGGAGAUGGCAUGAUUACGCUUACUGUCCUGGAGUGGCUCCAGCUGACCAUGUAUGCCUAGGCAGGCCCCGUGACUGCAGGUGAGCCUCGUUCUCCACCUGGACCACAACCGGACCACAACCACACCACAACCGGACCGCCACCAGCCUUGGCUUCACCUCGCGCCGUGCCAGCC